AUGCUGAAGCUGCUGCAACAAGAAGCUGCAGCAGCAAGCUGCAGCAGCAGCAAACUGCAGCAGCAAACAGCCAGCAGCGCGUUGUCCGCUGGCCCAGGCCCACGCUGCGGUGGCUCUCGCUCGCACAGCCCAUCGGCCGACACCGCAGAAGCAGCAGCAGCAGCAGCAGCAGCAGCAGCAGCAGCAAAGCAGCAUCACUUUUGUCCAAGCGUCUCAAUUUUGAAAACGUUUGAUGCGCUUAAAGAGAAAACUGAAGAUUCAAAAAAGGUUUCUGCUGCAGCCUCUGAGGUGUACGCGCAGCUCGUUGCAGUGAACCGCCGGCUUGCUGUGGACCACAGGCAGCUCGCAGCAGCAGCAGCAGCAGCAGCAGCAGCAGCAGCAAGUCCUUCAAGAGCCCCUGCGAGCAGGCCAAGGGAGCGAGCCCCGAGGAGACCGGGCGCACUAGCUGCAGCAGCAGCAGCAGCAGCAGCGGCGGAAGCAGCUGCAGCAGCAGCACAGCGAAGAGGCAGCAGCAGCGACAAGACGCAGCAUGGUCUAUAG